GUACAGUGCUGCUCCGCCGUGAGAGCGUGAGGAAUUGCGCUAGCGGUUGUGAAUCCGCUUGGCUGUCAGUAAGAUUUCUAUAGCGCCUGCCUCUAACGGGCAAGGUCAGAAUGCCUCCCUGAGUCCAGGAAGAUCAGCCGGGCAGCUGGUGUGAUGUUUUAGGCUCUGCCCUGGUCUGAUCUGUUCAUUUGUUUGCAGACCUUAAUUGUGACCUGGUUAGCUGUCAGGUACAAAACCUCCUCGGAUGACCACCAGGCUUUUGGGUCGAUGGGCUCGCCUGUUGUCCCGAUGUCCCCAAGCUUCCGCAUCUGCCGCCCACCUGCAGGGACCCACGGCCCAGCCAGCACAGCCGCUGAGGUCCCAGGUCCAGAUAAGGUCGGCUGUCAGACCCCUGUGCCUGGGCCAUGGAAGGGCUCAGGAGGAGGAGCCAAAUGUCACGUUUAAACGCACAAAACUGGACGUGCUUGUUGAGAAGGCGACCAGUCCGCAAGAGGUGCUGCAGGCAUGGGAAGAUCUAGGCGGUUCACCCAAUCAGGCGGCCUCGUGUCUGAGCCAGCUCAGCCGACUUGUGGUGGGGAAAGGAGGAGCAGACUCUGCCGAUGUCCUGCAGGACCCUCGGUGUGUGGAUCUGCUGGAGACAGUGAAUUCUCAGGUGUCAGUGAUAUGGAAUGGUACGCUCGUGUCUCUGCUGCGCUCUCUUUCCAACCUGGGUCUGACCCCCAGUGCUACAGUGCUGCGCUCUCUUCAGACUGAGGCACUGUGGAGGCUUCGGCGUCUCACUUACCGGCAGCUGUCCUACCUGGUGGACUGGGCAUCCAGCCGCCACAGUCAGGGGCAAGGGGACGAGGCUCUGACCGCAGCUGUGCUGAAGCAGCUAGAGUUGCGAUGGACAGAGUUGAGUGACCCACGAACGGUUAGCACCCUCAUGGGCCGCGCUGCCCAGCUCUCACCGUUCCUAAUGGACAAACUGGAAGAUAAGGCUCUGGAGCUGGCGGAGAAGUUCAGUGCCGAGGACAUCCGCAAGGUGGCGCUGGCUUUGGCAUCUCAGGGACGACGUGCGGUGCCACUCCUACGGGCGCUGUCAUACCACCUGCACCAGAAACCCUCCUCCGAACUCAAAACACCUCUCCUGCUGGACAUUGCAUUCGCUUAUGGUAAGCUGAAUUUCCACCAGACUCAAGUGUUUCAAAGGAUGGCUGCAGAGCUGUUGCCAAGGUUACCCGAGAUGAGCUCCACUGAUGUCACACGCUGUUCGAAGUCCCUGGCCUUCCUGAAGUGGCUCCACCUGCCUCUCUUUGAGGGUUUUGCACAGCACUUCCAGAGUAACAGUGAAAAGUACAGCACUCUGCAGCUCUGUAACCUCCUCAUGUCCUUCGCCAAGCUCAACUUCCAGCCCAGCAACAGAGAGGAGUUCUACAGGAGGGUUCAUGAAGCCCUGGAAGGCUCUUGGCAGGGAUUGGAGCCUUUUCUUCUGGCAGACGUGGUGUGGUCUCUCUGCGUGCUGCAGCAGGCCAAACCCGAAUUUAUCGCUGCUCUUACUGACCCUGAUUUUCAAACCAAACUUUCAGGUGGCAGCCCUGUCCGCACAGAGAACUACAGGCUGAAGUUGCUUCAUAUUGCUGCUUCCGGUCAGCUAGAGUCUCUUGGAGCCCUGGGCGUCCAUCCAACUAUCCACUUACCGACCAUCCAGGUCAAAGCACCCAGCCUGACAUCCCUGCAGAGUGGCCUGCACACAGCCCUCCAGAGCCUGACCAGCAGUUGUACGACUGCCCUUCGCACUGACGUCAACACAGUAUAUGGCUGGACUAUAGAUGCAGAGCUGGUGGUGGAUUCAGAAAAUAAGCCUAUUAGCUUGGAGAAACUCGUAGCACCGCACUUACCUGGAGGGGGCGGGUCAGAGCAGUUACCUCAGGGAGCGCACAGGCUGGCAUUCCUGGCUUGGGAGUUCCCUCAUUUUGGCUCCAGGAGUAAAGAUCUACUUGGACGCUUUGCCAUGCAGAAACGCCACCUACAGCUGGCUGGGUUUCUGGUAGUUGAGGUGCCAUACUUUGAGUGGCUGGAGUUGAAGUCCGAUUGGCAGAAAGAGGCCUACCUGAAGGAUAAGAUGGGGAAAGCAAUAGCUGAGGACAUGGCCAAGUGAGCCAGCGGACUGCAGCAUAUCCUCAGACCAAAGCAUUGUUGAAAUCUAUUGAAUAUAUCCAACUACAAACAAGCGGAAUGUGCUAAUGUCAGAAGACGUUGAACGUGAUUUCAUAUUCACCCAUUUACCCAGAAGAACAUACAGAGCGCUUACGACCAAGCAUCUCCAAGAACAAUGAUAGCAGUAGUCAAUCAGGACCUACAUCUGUAUGCAUCAAAACAGGCAACACUGGACUCUUCUGGAACAAAAGUGAAAUGAACAGUAAAUCAUUAUGCUACUGUGCAUUGAGUCAGAGAGCCAAGCGUGGGUUCUGAGGUGGAUCUCCAACUGGCCUGAGUGGAAUACCAGAAAAAUACACUGCUGUUUCUGUCACAUCACCAUGCUUGUAGUUUGCUUAUCACACUCACCAUCAAAUAUUAGAAUUUUUGCUUCCUUCAAAUCUUUUAGAACAUUAUAAAUACACCAGUCAGGCAUAACAUUAUGACCACCUCAUUUGUUCUAUGCUCAUUGUCCACUUUAUUACAGUGGACUUUAUUACAGGGUCCAGAGCACUGAAAUACAAACAGAUAGACUACAGUUUGUAGUUGUAGAACUACAAAGUGCACCUAUAUAGUAAGUGGAGCUGAUAAAAUGGACAAUGAGCGUAAAAACAAGGACUUGUAAUACUUGCUCAUACAUUCAUUGUGGAGCACAUUUAGCUCAGAGCAUCAUCCCCAAAAAUCUGGCUUCCACCUAAAACAGACUUUAUAACAGACCAAUUUGUGCUAAGUGGAUCACAGGACUAUUAAAGGUUCACACUCAGUUUUGCAAGUCUUCUAAAAACUGAGCAAGAUGCUUCCUCAGAGAACUCUCCCACCCCUAAUAAUAAACACAUGCUUUCCGCUCUUAAUGCAGUUGCCUAGACGACACUAUGGGGCUUUCCUUGUUGCCAAGGAGACAGUUGUCGAGGCCGAAGUGAUGCUUAAAGAUUAGAGGGAGGUUGUUCAUAUAUAGAGUUUGGAACGUUAAACACUUUGAGAGGUGCUGUGUGUGUCCAGUCAUCAAUGUGAAAUACUGCAAAUGUGCAAAAUAAAAUGGGUGUUUAUUUAAGUGA